CCCAUGAGAAUAGAAAUGCAGUCAGUCAGUAAUUUGUAGGUUAUGUUAUAAUAUUCUUAGGUUAUGUUGUUGCCGAUGAAGUUAUCGAAUUACUGCGCAAGGUGCUACAAUAAAUCACUUGAACGAAGUGUUUUGAUUCAUCAAACUCGUUUUUAUUCGUUACCUAAAAUGAAUACCGAUCCUGCAUGGAAGGUCGAAAAAGAAAGGAUUCUCUCCUUGCCCCUGGAGGAGAAGCGCAAGUUAUACAAAGCGAGUGAUUUUAUUAUUGUUGACAAAGUAGAUCCCUGGAAGAAAUACGUAGAUUUGCUAAAGACUAAGGGCAUUGCGCUUAAAAAACAUAAUCAGGAUGAUGUGAAAGAGUUCAAGAAGAUAAAAAUUGAUAAGGAAAAGAACCAAGAGCUCUUUCACAAGGUGUCAAUUUUCAAAGGAGAUAUUACUAAGUUGGAGGUUGAUGCAAUAGUCAAUGCUGCCAACUCGCGAUUGAUUGGUGGUGGAGGUGUUGAUGGGGCCAUACAUAGAGCUGCUGGUCCGUUCCUUCAGGCUGAGUGCAAUAGUUUGGGAGGCUGUCCAACCGGAGAAGCAAAAGUGACUGAAGGAUACAACUUACCAGCUAAAUAUGUGAUACAUACAGUUGGCCCACAAGACGGGUCGGAAACAAAACUGCAAUCGUGUUAUGAAAAUUGCUUGUCGCUCGCAAAACAACUCGAACUUCGCUCCAUAGCUUUCCCUUGCAUCUCCACAGGCAUAUACAACUUUCCUAACAGGCUUGCUGCGCACAUUGCCUUACGCACUGCCAGGAAAUUCCUGGAACACAAUGAUGUGGAGAGGAUCAUCUUUUGCACAUUCAUGCCGGUCGAUGUUGAGCUUUAUGAGACAUUGAUGCAAUCAUACUUUCCCCCUGAAGUUUAUGAUUAAUGUUUCAUAUAGUCGUCAACUUCCUUAUACCUAUACAGGGUAUUAAAAAAUGCUAAUAAUAAUAGUACAUGGGAAGUGUUAACAUCAGCAUUGGGUAUUCUUUAUGCGAAGUUUCAAAACUACUAUAAAUUACUUAGGUAGUUGUCAGUCGCGCGAUCGCGUCUACUCAUUAGAAUACGAAAACAUUACGAGCACCAUUGCUUGAAACUUCGAAUUAAUGAUCUACAAGGUACCGUAUCUUACCACUUUGUAUGUAAUAUAGGUAUUUUGUAACCCAAGUAUAUAGGUAGUAUAAAUAUAGGUAGUUUGAUCUUUGCAUGCUUGGCCAUUUAGCUUGGAUUUAGUUUAUUGAAAUCAUUGAUGUGAUCGUUCGUGAUAUUAUUAUUAUAAAACGAUAAAAUGAAAGUCAUUGAGUGUAGCUGGCUAAUUUGUAUAAUACUUUUUAUAAUAAAAAUAUGUGACAAAA